ACUGGUGGCAAGUGCUUUUUGGACCGUGGGACGGAUGAAAGGUGGAAGCUGUCGGAAGCCCAGCUGGGCUGUAGCUGCUCUCUUUAUCCCAGUUACCCUGCUGAUGCUGACCUCCAGAGGGGGAUCAAGCAGCCAGAAAAUGACACAAGCAGCAAUGGCUCAUGCAACAGCCACGGCUGCAGGACCAGGCCCCAGCCUGACAGAUGACCUCCCAGGCCUCCAGGCGGUAGCAGACUUCCUAGCCAGUGAGCAUACUCAUGUUUGGCUCCUGUCCCUGGUGGGCUCUGUUGCUGUAGGCCUCAGUGGGGUUUUUCCUCUGCUUGUCAUUCCCAUUGAAGCUGGAGCAGCCCUCAAAACAGAAGCUGGGUGCCAGAAGCUGAAGCAGCUCUUGAGCUUUGCUAUUGGUGGUCUCCUUGGUGAUGUAUUCCUUCACCUCCUUCCUGAGGCGUGGGCGCUCUCUAGCUCUUCAGCUGGUAAACAAAACCACUACAUGACCCAGGGCUUGUGGGUAAUCAUCGGUCUGCUGUCCUUCCUACUCCUUGAGAAAAUGUUUCCAGACCAAGACAGCAUCGAGGAUCCUGCUUCAGAUUCAGAUCUAAAUUUUAACUCUGCUACGCAGUCUAAUUCAGUUUUCAAUGAAAAAGCAGUCGUAUCACUCAGAAAUGGGCACCAUGCUGAGUCAUGGAAAUCCUCCAAGCAACAGAGUCUGCAGGAAAGAUCAGAGAAAAUCAAGACUAGUGGGUACUUAAACCUACUGGCCAACUGCAUUGACAACUUCACUCAUGGACUGGCAGUCGCUGGGAGUUUCUUGGUUAGUAAAAAGGUAAGAAAAUGUGACAACCUCGACACUACAAGGACUAAAAACUGCUAUCUUGGAGUGUUUCUCUUUCAUAUGUGAUUUACACACAAAAAUUAAUGAGAGUUUAUUUCGAUCUGUGCUACAUUUAGUGAGUAGUA